AUGAUCAUGCAGUGGCUCCUAAAGGUUUUGAUCCUGACUUUGGUCCUGUCAAGCCCGACCAGAUGCCAAAACAGAAGGAGGAAAGGACAGAGAGAUGAUAACCAGGUCAUCGUUAGUGAGGCCAAAACCCUGAUCUGCCCGGUGGAGAUCAUGUUCAUUGUGGACAGCUCAGAAAAAGCCAAAUCUCUGCUGUUUGAGCGACAGAAGGACUUCAUCCUGCGCUUCAGCACUAAACUGAUGCGGCUCCAGUCGGCUGGCUGGCGUCUGCGACUGCGCCUGGCCGCUCUGCAGUACAGCAGCACUGUGUCAGUGGAGCACAAUUUCAGAGACUGGCAGGACGUGGACGUCUUCCAGAGUCGGGUGGCCUCCAUGACCUUCAUCGGCCACGGAACCUACACCGCCUACGCCAUUACUAACGCCACAAAGGUGUUCAGCCAAGAGACUUCCUCCAGCAGCCUGAGGGUGGCGCUGCUGAUGACUGAUGGAACGGACCACCCGCGCAGCCCCAGUGCCGUAACAGCUGCUGCUGAGGCCAAACAGCAGAACAUCAGGGUGUUCACCAUCAGGCUGUCGGGCAUGCCCAGGGACGAGCCCACGAGUACAAAACUACGAUCCAUAGCUAGCGCCCCCCCGCAGCAGCACGUCCUCAGCCUCACCGACAGCCAGCUGGAUGACAGACUCUUCAAUGAACUGAACACAAUUGUCAAAACUGGGUGCCCACAGCCAAAGACCUGUCUGUGUGAGAGGGGGGACAGGGGUCACCCUGGAAGUACGGGGAAACCAGGCGAGCCGGGGUCUGAUGGAGCUCCAGGUCCAAAGGGAUCUCGUGGGGAACCUGGCAUUAAUGGACGUCCAGGAAUGGAGGGCCUUGAGGGUCGACAUGGAAGCAAAGGAGAAAAGGGAGAGCAGGGUGAAUGUGGUGCCCCUGGUAAAAAAGGAGAACAAGGUGCAGAAGGACCUUCAGGCCCUAGAGGACCAAGAGGAGAGCAGGGAUCCAGAGGAGCAUCUGGAGACCAGGGUCCAGAAGGGACACCUGGAUCUAAAGGGGACCGAGGACUGAGAGGUGCAGCUGGACCUCCAGGCGAUAACGGCAUAGGGUUCCCUGGUCCUAAGGGUGACAAAGGGAACCAAGGAAGACCAGGACCCCCUGGACCGAUGGGUAUGGGUGAACCAGGGUCGCUGGGUCCAGCAGGGCCACCAGGGAUGCAAGGAUCACCAGGAUUUCCGGGUGAGGGUCUUCCAGGGCCCAAGGGUGACCGGGGGUAUGAGGGUCCUAAGGGCAGCCGUGGGCCUCCAGGAGUUGGGUACAAAGGUGAUAAGGGAAACAUAGGAGCCCCGGGGCUGCCAGGCUUGGUGGGGUUUCCAGGGGCAGGCGUGCAAGGAGAAAAGGGAGACCAAGGGCCAGCUGGGCCCUCUGGUCCCAGAGGACCCCCUGGCCUGGGUAUAGUUGGACCAAAGGGUGAUCAGGGUUUCCCCGGAGAGCCAGGACUUCAGGGAGAGAGGGGUGUCGGUGAACCAGGACCAAAGGGGGAGCCAGGGCCUGAUGGAGCUGCUGGGAUACCUGGCAUUCCUGGUGAGGAUGGAGCUGUUGGGCCUAAGGGAGAGAUGGGAUUACCUGGUCUGCGAGGCCUAGAGGGAGCAGCGGGGAAAGGCAUCCCUGGAGAAAAGGGAGACAGAGGUGACCGUGGACCAAGGGGACUCUCAGGGUCUCCAGGCCCUGUUGGACCAGCUGGAGCCAAGGGAGAGCCUGGGAGUCAAGGAAUGAUGGGCCUACCUGGAGCUGCUGGGCGUGGCUUACCAGGACCAAAGGGAGAUCCUGGGCCGAUAGGACCAGCUGGACCUGUUGGAGAACCUGGAGUGGGAAUCAUUGGGCCGAAGGGCAACAGAGGAAAUACUGGACCUGUUGGACCACCAGGAAUGAAGGGAGAUGGUAUCCCAGGACCACAGGGACUGCCUGGCUUACCAGGACUGCCAGGAGAGAUGGGACCUGAAGGGAAAGGACUACCUGGACCUAAGGGUGACAGAGGCUUGCCAGGUGUGCCGGGACCAUCUGGUCCUCCUGGAAUUGGACUUUAUGGACCCAAGGGCUCUGCAGGGCAGCCUGGUCCACCAGGGUUGCUGGGGCCUCCAGGGGAGGGCAUCCAGGGACCAAAGGGAGAGCCUGGGUUUCAGGGGCCAAUGGGCCCUCGGGGCGCACCAGGGGAUGGCCUUCCAGGGGAGAAGGGUGACAGAGGCAUUCCUGGAGACAGGGGAAAGAAAGGAGACAAAGGAGACCAUGGAGAGCCUGGAUCUACCGGACAGAUGGGGAGGCCUGGAGAAAAGGGAGAACCGGGACUGACAAGAGAAGAAGUCAUCAGGAUUAUAAGAGAUAUCUGUGGCUGUGGUCUCAAGUGCAGAGAGAGUCCUCUGGAGCUGGUGUUCGUGAUAGACAGCUCUGAGAGUGUGGGACCGGAAAACUUUGAGCUGGUGAAGGACUUUGUGAAUGCUCUAAUCGACCGGGUGACUGUGGGCCGAGACGCCAGUCGGAUUGGCGUGGUGCUCUACAGCCAUGUAGAAAUGGUGGUAGUCAAUCUGCAGCAGCAGUCCAGCCAGGAAGACGUAAAAGCCGCCGUCAGGAACAUGCCUUACCUUGGCGAGGGAACCUUCACGGGCAGCGCCAUCCAUCGAGCUAAUCAGCUGUUCCAGGCCUCGCGGCCCGGCGUUAGGAAAGUGGCCGUGGUUUUAACGGAUGGCCAGGCUGACCCACGUGACGUCAUGCAGUUUGAAGAAACAGCAACACAGGCCCACGCGCAGGGGAUCGAGAUGUUUGUAAUAGGAGUCGCAAACAAGACUGACCCCCUCUAUGAAGAGUUCCAGGCUCAGAUGCACGUUAUUGCCUCUGAUCCUGAUGAAGAGCACAUCUACCUCAUAGAUGACUUCAGGACACUUCCCACUCUGGAAGGCAGAAUACUGAGUCAGAUUUGUGAGCAGGAUGACACAAUGGCAUUUCUACCAAACUCUGUCUUUCCGCCUGUGGAAAUCCAGCCAGAGUCUCCAGAUGGCAGCCGCUUCAAAGAGUUCCCAAUUGACGAAAACAUACAAGUUGAACUCCCAAUGGAGACAAUAACAGCCCCGACGCCACACUCCCACGAGUCAGGUCCGGCCGACAAGAACCUGAUCGAUACUAAACUGUUGGUGGAGACCUGGAACGAGCUGCCAGACAUCACCUUUGCCUCUCCUGGUAGCAGGGGGCCGCAAGGCCCCGGGUUGACCUCCGUGGUGGGUCCUCAGACUCCGACUGACUGGCUGUAUGAGCCUGAGAGCACUCAGGCUCCGAUCAGCCCUCCUCCACCCCUGACAGACUCAUCACUGCCAGGCGAGGGCUGCCGUCAGUCUCUGGACCCAGGUCCCUGUCGACAGUACGUAGUCAGGUGGUACUACGACCCCGAGGCCAACGCCUGCGCCCAGUUCUGGUACGGAGGCUGUCAGGGCAAUGCAAACAACUUUGAGUCAGAAGCCAUCUGCCGGAAUUCCUGCGUCUACACGUAA